AUGGCAUCCACCGACAACGUGCCGCCGGCUGCUGACGCUGUCGGGUCGAAUAGCGAAGCCACGCCCGAAACCACUGCAGCCACCAUUGUCCCUCAAUCAUCAGACGAGACUGGAAAGGAGAGUUUUCCAGUAGCUAGCAACAACGGCGACAACAACACACCCAGUGAAGCGACCGAGACAGCACCGCAAGAGGACACACCGGCCCACGCUACGGAAUCCGCUGGCGACGCAACACCAACACCUGCACCACCAACAACUACGACAACGACAUCAGCUGGAAUCAAGACUGGCGAGGAAUCAGAAGUAGUGGCCGUCACCGAAGGCGAAACCUCUGAUCAAUCCCAGGCCGCCGCCGCCGCCGCCGCCGCAAAGGAAGACAGCGCCGUCGGUCCCGAGCUGGUGAUUACCUUGCUUCUGACAACCGGCGCCCGGCAUCCCUUCAAGAUCGAUGCAAAGUACCUACGGGGACGAAGUGUCAAUGUGGAAAAUGACGAUCCGUUCAAUAUGAGUGUAUACACGCUCAAGGAGUUGAUUUGGAGAGAGUGGCGUUCAGAAUGGGAACCCCGGCCAUCAUCCCCCAGUUACAUCCGGCUUAUUUCAUUUGGAAAGCUCCUAGACGACAAGUCACAACUAUCAGACUCAAGUCUAACUCACGACGCACCCAAUGUCAUUCACAUGACGGUCAAGCCCCAGGAAGUCGCAGACGAAGAAGACACCAAAGGCGGCAAGUCAUAUUCUGGUCGAGACCGAGAUGCUGCAGACCGCAGUCCCGGCUGCCGGUGUAUUAUCUUAUAG